GUUACAAAACAAUUACUCAUUAAGUUAUUAACCCUUAGCUGGGGGGAACUGGGGUUUUAUUUUCCUUUCAGCUAUUUGUUUAUUUAUUUAUUUAUUACCUCAACGUUAUUGAGAAUGUGUUGUCCUCACAAAGUGUCUGAUGAACCGUAAUUAAAGCCAGUGGCUCAGAAAGGGGAAUUGAUUAAAUUGUGAGUCUCUGCGCACAGGAGGAAAAGAAGAAAACCUCAGUCAAAGAAAAAUACAGUAAAGCCCCAGAGGCCAAGGCAGAUCAAAUAUUUCCUCGAGAACUCCACAAUCCAUGGCGCCUGAAACAUGACCAAGGGCAAUGGCUGCGUCGUUGACAUUACCCAUCUUUUCAGCCUGGCAUCUUGACUAAUGAUGUUAGAGAGCACCUGGAGAAAUGACAUCCAUCUUGACAUUCUUGAGCUUCGCAGCCGAGGGUGUAAAGGAGGCGGAACAGUCUGAGAAAAAGGUGCAUCACUGUGCGGUUCACAUGUCAGGGAAGUGAGGUAAAUCCUCAGUCCCUUGAGGACCCAGGUGGGUAGAUCAACUGGCACCAGAGUGAGUCGAUAUCUGUUUUUGUGCCAAAGAAGGAGGAGGAAGAGACAUGCCGUCAUGUGCUGUCAGCCACACUCGUCUCUCGCUGCGGUGGGAACGAUGCAUUUCAAGAGCCGAUAGCUUAUGUUAUCCGGCCUCCUCUGCACUGCCUCUGCAUCCCAUUCACCCUGCUCCUCCCACUCCAGCUCUUCCUCCUCCUCCUGUCUACAGCAUCAUUAGACAGGACUACAGAUUGACCGGGACUGGCGAGUGGUGGAUGGUCAGGUUUGCCCCGGCUCAAAGAUUCUUCCGUGGCUAUGCUACAUCUACACCUCCGCUGAGGGCUGGAUUGUAUUCGACAUUUGGAGGUAGAAGAUAACCCACAACCUGCGAGCAAUCUUGGAUGUGUGUGUCAUUCUUUACCAGUGUUGUCAUUGGCGCAUUUCCUCUAUUUCGCUGGUUGUUUUGCCUUCUCUGAGACUGGCUAGCAGGCACUGCAGCAUCAGGACCGCAAGACCCAUGAAGCGGUAGGGCAUGAGGACCCAGGGGCGACCCAAAGGAAGGGCUUGAGUGCUUCCAUUGCUACCACUGCUGCUGAGCUGAGUGAUUGGGACAGCGGGUGGAAGAGAAGAUGCUUAUGGCCCGAGACACGGCGCGGGAUGAGGCUCAAAAGCUACACAGGAAGUGGCUGAAGCACCAGGCCUUUAUGGCGGAGCUGGCCCGCAAUAAAGAAUGGCUGGCCAAGAUAGAACAGGAGGGUCAGGAGCUGAUCCAGGAGAAGCCGGAGCUGCGUUCAGUGGUGCAGCAGAAGCUGGAGGAGAUCAGAGAGUGCUGGUCCGACCUGGAAACCACGACCAAAGCCAAGGCCCGGCAGCUCUUUGAAAACAACAAGCCAGAACCGGCUGUGAAGAGCUACUCGGACCUCGACAACCAGCUCUCCCACCUGGAGCGGCAGCCCCCCCAGCUGGAGCAGGCACACCAUCUGCCCACUUUCAAUGAGCAGCUCCAGAAAUUCCAGGCUAUGGAGUCUCAGAUAGGGGACUUUUACAAGGAUGUGGGAGACUUGGGAAGCUUGCAGGGGGUCUGCCUACCCCAGCGAGGGCUGGCGGCAGGUGACAGGGAGGGUGGCGAGCAGUCAGACGGGGUAGAGACCCGCAUUGUCCGCCUCAUUGAACCCCUGAAGGAGAGACGCCGUAUCCUGCUGGCUUCCAAAGAGAUGCACCAAGUCGCCCAAGACCUGGAGGAUGAGAUACUGUGGAUUCAAGAGAGGCUUCCCGUGGCCUCCUGUAAGGAUUAUGGGAAUAACCUCCAGAGUGUACAGCAGCAUGUUAAAAAGAACCAGACACUCCAGAGGGAGCUGACAGGACGGCGGGCUCGUGUUGAGGAGGUUCUGGACAGGGCGGGGAUUAUCGCUUCACUGAGGACCCCUGAGGUGGAGUUUGUGCGUGAAGGGGCGGGGCAUGUGCGCCAGCUGUGGGAGGUUUUGCAGCUGGAGACAGAGAGGAGGUCUGUGUUGCUGGACGCCACUCUGCAAUCUCAGCAGUACUACAGUGAGGCAGCUAAAGUGGAGUCCUGGCUGUCAGGUCAGAAGCUUCACCUGGUCAAUGAAGAAAAAGGCUCGGACGAGGCAAGCACGCUGCAGCUGCUGAAGGCCCACCUGGCUCUGGAGCAAACAGUGGAAACAUAUGCAGAGACUGUAGGCAUGCUGUCCCAGCAGUGCCAGCAUCUUCUUGAACUUGGACACCCAGAUAGUGAGCAAAUCACCAAGCAGCAGUCCCACAUAGACCGGCUGUAUGUGUCUCUGAAAGACAUGGUCGAGCACAGGAAGACCAAGCUGGAGCAGCAGUACUGGCUCUACCAGCUCAACAAGGAUGUGGAAGAGCUAGAGAAGUGGAUCACUGAGCGUGAAGGGGUGGCAAGUUCUACUGAGCUGGGCCAAGACCUGGAGGAUGUCACGGUGCUCCAGGAGAAAUUCACCAAGUUUGCCACAGAAACCAACAACAUUGGCCAGCAGCGCAUGGAGCAGGUGAACAAAAUGGUGAACGAGAUGAUAGACUGCGGCCACUCGGACGCAGCCACCAUCGCUGAGUGGAAGGACGGCCUGAACGAGUCGUGGGCCGACCUCCUGGAGCUGAUGGAGACCCGCAGACAGAUGUUGGCAGCAUCGCACCAGCUGCACAAGUUCUUCACUGACUGCAAAGAGGUCUUGGCUCAGAUCGCGGGCAAGAUGAAGCAGCUGCCAGAGGUGAGGGCGUGCCAAGCCAACAUCACCAACCCAGCCACCCUGCAGAGACUCAUGCACUCUUUUGAGCAUGCCCUUCAACUGCUAGUCGCACAGGUGAGGCAGCUGCAGGAGAACGCUGCCCAGCUGAGAACCAUCUAUGCUGGUGAGAAAGCUGAGGCCAUCAUGGUCAAAGAGCAGGAAGUGAUGGAGGCGUGGAAGGAGCUGCUGAGCUCUUGUGAGGCCAGCCGCGUCCAGGUCACCUCAGUAACCGACAAGGUGCAGUUCUUCUCAGUGGUGCGUGAAAACCUGAUGUGGAUGGAGGGCAUCAUGGGCCAGAUAGGAUGGGAUGAGCCAAGGGAUUUGAUGGCUCUGGAGGGGAUGAUGAAACAACAUCAGGAGCUGAAAGCCAAAGUAGACGGCCGCAGCAAGACAAUACAGCAGUGUGCAGAUCUCGGCAAGAUCCUGAUAGCUGCAGGCAAUCCUGCAUCUGAGGAGAUCAAAGAGAAGUUGGACAGCCUUCUGGCUAAGCAGAAGGAUCUUAUUGAAAAAUGGGACAAACACCAGGAAAAGUUACAGCGCAAACAGGAAAGGUUCCAAUUUGCCCAGGAGACGGUGAAGGCAGAAGCCUGGCUGAAGGCCAAGGAGCCGCUGAUCACCUCCAAGGAGCCAGAGGGAGGAGAGGCCCGGGCCCAAACAGACGAGGUUGAGCAGCUCAUCCUUCGCCAUGAGGCCUUCCGCAAGGCUGCUGUAACCUGGAAAGAACGCUUCAGCUCUCUCCGCCAGCUUUCCGCAGCUGAGAAGAAAAAAGAGGAGGAGAAAAAGACAACCCCACUCUCCAGCCGAAGGAUGUUCCCAUUAUCUUGUCUGACGCCCAGUGUUCCCUCAACCAGUGCUACCUCACCUUUCUUGAGGCAGACGGUGCAGGCGCAUAUAGAACACAAACCCUUACAGACCAGUCUGGAUCUAGGUGCCACCGCUGCAACCCAGAGAUUUUCCUCAACCCUAGCCAGCUACAACCCGGUUAUUAAUGGAUCAGGCUACUCUGGACUGGAGCAACAGUGCAAGUUGGUGGGCUCCUCGUACCUUGGGAUGAACCACCAGGCAGCUGGAGGUGGAAGUGACUCCGGUUUCUCUGCGCUGACCUCACAGAGUGGUGGAGCGGACACUUCUUCUUAUCUGGGUAUAAACCAUCAAACUGCUGGCAGUGCAGAGAGCUCUGGGUACUUUGGGCUGAAUACUGGGUGUGUGGGUGGGGUGCAAAACCAUCUAGCCAGUGGCAGGUUAGGAAGUUCAGGUAACCUAGCUCAGCAGCCAAGCAGUGGAGGAAUGGGAAGCCCUGGCUUUAUGCCUCAGCAGAAUAUGGGCAGUUCUGGAUAUUUGGGCCAAACACAAAACAUGGGAAGUUCUGGGUAUUUGGGACAGCAGCCUAAUUUAGGGAGUACAGGAUAUUUGGCACAACAGCCUAAUAUGGGGAGCUCUGGGUAUUUGGCACAACAGCCCAAUAUGGGGAGUUCUGGGUAUUUGGCACAACAGCCAAAUAUGGGGAGUUCUGGGUAUUUGGCACAACAGCCUAAUAUGGGGAGUUCUGGGUAUUUGGCACAACAGCCUAAUUUGGGAAGCUCUGGGUAUUUAGCACAGCAGCCUAACAUGGUGAGUUCUGCAUACCUAGCACAUAAUUAUCAGAGCAGUGGGGGAAUGGGUAGCUCAGGCUAUCUGGCACAAAACCAUUACAGCAGUGGAAGUCUGGGUAGCUCUGGUUACCUGGCGCAGAGUGGUGGCAUCAUGGACCCUAAAAUGGCAUAUGCAUGGCAGCACCUGAAGGCUGACUUCAUGCAGCCCAGGAUCAACCACAUCCACAAGGCUGUAAACCCCCUCCUAGAAGCCAGUAGAGUGCAGCGGGAACAGUUUGGGGACAUCCCAAUGGCUGAUAUGGGUCCAGAGUCAGGGCUGGAGCUCCUCCAUGGCCGCCUCCAGAGGGAUCCCCGUGGCAGUCGCUCUGAUCCUCAGAUGGACCAUCUGAGGAGAGAGAGGGAAUACAAGCUGGGUAGACAGACCUCCAGUGAACAGGAGAUCCAGGCCAGGCUCAACGAGCUGCCGCUCAUAGUGCGUCAGGAGCGCUACAGGAGGCGCCUGGAGAGGCAGUCAUCCAGUGAACAGGAGGGGAGCAGCAAGCAAAGGCUGCAGAGGCAGGACUCGAGUGACCUGGAGGGCUCUGUUAAGGAGGGCUCUGACAAACGCUCAGGGGAGAAGAGAUCCACCAUGGCAGAGAUUGUAGAACAAGUCCAGGAGAGAGAAGCAGCAAAUGCACGGGGAGAGCCUUAUCGGCCUCCUAGCAGCCUCUCAGCACCUGUGACUCGUUUUGACGGACGCCCUCGUGCCAGGGACCGCCCAAAACCCAGGAGGAGGCCCCGUCCAAAAGAGCCUGAGGAGACCCGCCGUUCUCGUUCAGCUCCAGCUACUGGUGCCCCAACGACACCUCAGCCACCUUCACACACUGCCCAUAACGAAGGCUUCCUCUACCGCAAAAAGGCUACCACCUCUGACCUUGAAGCUCAGCAGAGAAGCCCGAAUAGCAAGUCCUGGGUGAACGUAUAUUGUGUGCUGAAAGAGGGAAAGCUGACCUUCUACAAGGAUGCAAGGAACCAUACCACAACGUACAAUGAAGAGCCUCCCGUUGACCUUAGUAACUGCACAUUUGAUCCUACAAUGGGAUACAAGAAGAAGAAAAAUGUCUUCAUUCUUCAAAUGAACGAUGGAAACAACUUUGCAUUCCAUGCAAAAGAUGAGGAGGACCUGAAGGCUUGGACUUCAAAUGUCACCACCUGUCUAGCUGAGCAUGAAGACAUGGCCAAGUGGGACAAGCCGGGCACCUCGUCCAUGGACCCCGACCACUCUGAGCGGAAGGAGAAGUCGGAGGGUGACGCAGACGCCAGGUCAGAGAGGUCCGAGCUGGCCGAGGGGGAGGAGCGGUCCGAGAAGGAGAGGUCAGAGAAAGGGGAUGGCUCGGAGAAGUUAGACACAUCAGAAAUUGCAGACAAAAUGGAGGGCGGGGCAGGGGGCUCCAGCACGUCUGGAAAGAGCAAAUGAGGAGCCCCCAUGUGUUUUAACAUUACUCACUGACUAAAGGCAUAGGAUGCGGUGGGUGGGAGGGACGGAUGGAUGGAUGGAUGGAGAGCAUGUGCAGCUAGGUUUGCAGAUCCUCAGUCACAGAGCUGGAACACACUGAGGCCACGGCCCUUGGACUGACUAUUGUUACUGUGACAGACUAAUCUCUCUCAGCCCCUCCCCUUCACCCAGGCAAUACAUCAGUGCUUGCAUUGUGCCACCUGCUGGUAGAUAGGAGGUUGGCCCAGACAGACAGACAGACAGACUGACACACAGACGGACACACAGACCCACAGACGGACAGACAGACUCCCAACAAGUGGUCCCAGGAAUAAGCCACUGUCACGUCCCAUCGUUGAUCGUUUAAUCUCUUGGAUUCACAGCAUCUUUCUGUAUGUAUCUUUGACUGAUAAUGUAAUGCUCUGUCUAGCUAGACAAACCCGAGAAGUGGUGAAUGAAAUGUUUCACAAUAUUAAAAAAGAAAAAGAAAAAAACGUUUUUUGAAGCAAUAUACUUUUUUAUUUCUUCUCUUUGUUGAAGAGAGAAAAAGGGAAAAGGAAACAAGAAAUAAUUGCAAAUGUAAACUCUAUGAUUUGUCACAUCCACGUAAGCUUACUCCAUGCAGUUGUGCACCUUAGACACUUGACACAUCUGUAUACUAAUCAUAAUGACAUUUAAUCCCAUCACAUGGCUAGCUUUGAAUCAUCUAAAUAUAAUGGAAUGCUGGUGUUACCCACCUGACUUCAUUGGUGUCAAUGACUACACAUUUCUGCAGUUUCUUUUGAGUUUUUAUUAUUAUUAUUAUUAUUAUUAUUAUUAUUAUUAUUAUGGUUAUUAUUAUUUGUCCACAAUGAUCCAUGUCAAGAAAAGAGCUGUCCAUCAAAUUCUAAUCCAUUAACCCAAGGUGUGUUCAAUGCUCAAAGUGACACUUGGCCGAUGUGACACAAUGCCUUUGUAUACAUGACAAAAAUCAGAACAUUGCAUGAGAUAGUCUAUUAGUGCACCUGUUAAACUUGCCUUUAUUUUUAUGUUGUUGAAAUAAUUUGGGCAGUAUUAGAAAUGCAAUAAUUUAAUGUGAGAGGGGGCGGGGGACAGGAUUUUGCUCUCAUGGUCCACUUCUCAGAGUCCAGAGGUAAGUUUGACAAAGAAGGGUUGUCUUCUAUCCACAGUAAGCAUGAGAAGAAACAAGAAAUUUCUGAGGUGGUACACCAGAGAAGUGACUACUCCUUGAUCUGUAACGUGAAUUAAGAAGCCAAAUGGCCCCUCUGCUGUUUGUACUGUAUUACUGCAAUUUUAUUUUCCACUGAAUGUACUGAUUUCAGCUGUGAAAUGUUCAAUCACCACUGAGUCUGUGGUGCCCAAAAUUGUAAAACCCUGAAGCAGUUCACUGAGAGUUAAACCUCUCUGUACCCUGUGUCCUUCAUUUGAAGUCCAAACUGAUUAGAUUCUCUCCAUCAAAGGCAAGUUAAAUGUAAAACUGUCAUGAUUCAAGUCAUGAAUUGUAUAUACCUAUCUUUGUAUGUAUACCAAUAAAUCCUGUGCUCUAAUAAAACAAUACUCUGAACUGAAAUGGGUAAAAUUAAAACAUUUGUAUUAAUCCACAAAUAAAAACAAUCAUCACUCAAAUAUAUUAAUGUUUAUUACAUUUAAAUGAAAAUUAUGCAAAUUAGGAGUCACUAUUAAAUAUCAUAGUGUAUAUACGUACACCAGUAUCUAGUUGUAUGAAACACCUUUUACCAGGGAAGAGCAGCAGGACAUACUGUAGGUAUGCUUGUUGUAUUUUUAUAUGCCUAUAUUUAUUCAUAACAGAUUCGGGAGUUGCCCCGCAGCCCCAAUAAGAACUUGUAAUAAUAGCUGAUUGAGUAGUCAGUGUGUCUGUGAGAGGUGUGCUAAAUUUAUAUAUUACAGACAAGAAAAAUAAUCCAAUAGCCGGGGCAGAUCAGUACAUGCUGCUCUGGGUAAUCUAAUUAUUGGUGACUAAAGUGAAGUACAGUAUGCUGUGACCACAGAGAUGAUCACGCAUUAGUCCACCCAUCGUUUGUCAUGUGUGUCAGUUAUUUUUACGGAUAGAAGUACAGUUAAAGUUUCCUCAGUGUCCGUCAAAUGCAGCCAUGUUGACAAUUUUAAAAGACAGAGGAGGAAGCCCACAUGCCAUGUGACAGCCGCGGAGACUUUAUUCAAAUGUACUUACCGUGUUUUUCCAUUCGCCGUCCUGUCAGAUUGCACCUCAAAUAUGUAAAAAGAAACGACUAAUUAACAGUCUUCCUUUCUAUAAAAAACACCAAAAGUAUAUCUCAGAUGCAGCGCUGCGUGAAUUCACUGACUUGAGGAUUGUAGUGAAAGUCUGCUGCAUCUGUCUGUGUUACUGCAGCCUUCAAAUUUAGAUGAACGAGAAUAGAUAAGCUGUGUUAUGAUGUGAAUGUUUUUUUCAUUUGUCAGUCACUGUUUUUUUUUUUGUUUUGUUUUGUUUUUUUGUUUUUUUACAUAAGUGCCAUGUCAUGCAGUCUGCUGAAACAGUGGUUCAGAGGAGAAGGCUUAAAAUUGGCUAGUGGGACAUGAAGAAGGUUUCACGCGUCUGACAGUGAGCCUGUCAUUGCAAUACACAUUUUUAUCAUUGAGAUAGGAGCUCUAGUAUUUUCAUGUGGCUGUAAUUGUUCUGACUCAUUGCUCAUGGCAGAUAUUUAGCCCGCAUCACCAUGUGCGUUUUUAAGUGUUUGCUUCCGAAUCACUUUUAUGAAACACACAGGGGGAUUUUUUUUUUCCACUAUGUUAUAACAGUAACAGUCGAAAUUAAAUAGGCAGCAUAACCGUGACUGAAGAAAAAAAAAAUAUUGUGCAAACUUUGUUUCCUUCAUUGAUGGUCUUACAAGUGUGUAUGUCUUUGUUACUUUACAUUACAACUUGCUGCUAUGACAUUAAAUAAAACCUCCAAACUUGCUGAUGCAAACUUGACGUGGAUUUGAUGUGGACACAUGAUCGUCUCACACACACACACACACACACACACACACACACACACACACACACACACACACACACACACACACACACACACACACACACCUAAUGGAGACAGUUUGUUCUACUCACAACUACAAGCUGAGUGGCUCCCUCUUCUUGUGACUAACAAACUUUUACUGCAGCUCUCUCUCUCUCAGUAUCCAUGAAUCUGCAGGUGAAGACUCCAGCUGAAAAGACACAGCAUGGAUUAGUAUUGACUGUACAUCAUCAGCUCCAUGUACUUGAUGCUAAAGCCUUGGUGCUUCCAGGUCAUACAUAAGAUAUAUUAUAGGGACAUACAGUCAAGUAUGUAGGUGUGAUAUUGAUAUGUUAAACACACUCAACUGAUACAUAAAUGUCUUUUUUACGAACAUCAGAGUCUGUGUGUCCCUCACAUUAGCGCCCCCUGGAAUAAGAGCUGAACUAGCCUUCAGACUGACACGACUGCACGACCGAGUCGCUGGUGGAAACAACUGAAGGGCUGGUGUUUCCCAAACUGUGUCCAUGUCAAGGGGUUGUCGAAAUGCUUCAGAUCCGUCCCGCUUGCUUCUGUACAUACAGUAACUGGUUCAACACAAACAUUUUUAUGCUGUAUUUAUGGCUUUUCUUAUAGCAACCAAUGAAACUGCUGAAUUUCAUCCGAGCUACGUACGUGCACUUUGAAAUCAAAUGUGAGUGGACAUGUGAAUAAUUUAUGUGAGUAAAAAUAAAGGUUCAUGCGACUUUUGUUUUGCACUGAAGUACAGCCCCAUGCACAGUUUGAGACAGGAGUGGUGAUGCAGGGUCUACUCUAUGAGAAAACACAGAAGCAGACGUACAUGUAUACAGUAUUGCACAAAUUCUGCACAACUUGAUGUA